AUGGCGACUAAUCCUAGUGCAUCGGGGUCUACUGCGACUGCAGGGAAUCACUCUGGCGGCUUUGAUCUGCAGACGCUAUCGCGUUCACCAUUGCCUGCGUUUGGUUUGAGUGCCCUGUUCAUUGCAUCUGCUUUUGCCCCUCCCAAGUUCAAAGCAAAGACAUUCACGCCACCGUUCGUCUUCCGCUUGGGAUUCGGCGCCAUCUUCGCCGGUGGAGGGUACAUGCUCGCUGCCGGAGACGCACACAAUGGGAGUGGCGUCAUGACUGCAUGGAGCCUAAGCUACUUCGUCAUUGAACAAUUCUCGCUGGGCCUACAAGCAUCAUUACGUCGACCACGGAGCCCGAUCGCACUCGCCUUGUCCACAGCAACAGGCGCAUCAGCCGCACUAUACGGCUCCGAAUACUUCAGCCUCAAUGAGGAAGAACCGGACUACUAG